CGAAUAGGAAGAAUCAGCAGGAGAAGAAGAAGAAGAAGCGUCAACAACAAACUGAAACAUAAUGUGACAGCAGCCAGUCGAGCUGCUGAUCACUAACCAGCUGUCAGUCAAGUCCAGAGAAAGGUGGUGUAGUUAUAAGUGUUGUAGACUAUGAGUGUGGGUGAUGGAGGACAAUCAAUGUGGGGACGUGGACUACCUGAUCCAAGAUGAGGACACCCUCAUCGAAGGAGUCAGCAACCAGGUCUUAUUUGUUGUGGUGCUCAGCAUCACCUUCCUUGCAGGCAUCCUCACUCUGCUCUGCAGAGAAGUGCAGCAGAACAUCCAUCCUGAGAACCAGGAGCACGUCCGAGCCGUCAGACAACAACUCCAAACAGAGCAGGAUGAAAGUCCUCAGGCGGAGGCCCGGCAGCAGUAUUACACAGACAUGUCCUGUCCUGUGUGUUUACAGCAGGCUGUUCUGCCCGUGGAAACCAACUGUGGACAUCUCUUCUGUGGCUCCUGCAUUAUAGCGUACUGGAGGUAUGGCACCUGGCUGGGUGCUAUCCACUGCCCCAUCUGCAGACAAAUGGUAACAUUGCUCUUCCCACUAUUUCAUGAGCAACCUUCCCCUGAGGCGGUCCAGGAUGGCGAGGCAGAACCUCAGCUCAUAUUACGAGACGUCAACGAUUACAACCGCAGGUUCUCAGGCCAGCCGAGAUCUUUUAUGGACAGGCUGAGAGAUGUGCCCACUCUGCUCCGUCAUGCCUUCAGGGAGAUGUUUUCCAUGGGCGGCCUCUUCUGGAUGUUCAGGAUUCGAAUUCUCCUCUGCAUCGUCGGUGCCCUCACCUACCUGGCGUCGCCGCUCGACAUCCUCCCCGAGGCGCUUUUCGGUCUCCUGGGAUUCAUGGAUGACUUCUUUGUAAUCCUGCUUCUCUUCGUGUAUAUCUCUAUCAUGUACAGGGAGGUGGUAACGCAGAGACUGAACGGCUAGGUGCUCACUCGGAGAGGGGGGGGAAAGGAGGCCUUAGCUUGCAGGCUCGGGGGAAGAAGAGAACUCAGCAGAUGAUGUGGGCGUGUAAAGACUGAGUAAAUGCUAUAAGGACAGUUCAUCGAUAAAGCCGGCUCGCUCUGAGGUGUUCACUUUGAAAGCCUGAGGUGUUUCUUCAUCACUGGAAAGGAGCUGGAUGAAGAAUGAGUCGUGAGAAUGUUGCCUCUGUUUGUAGAAUUCCUCAUUAAUGGUUCAUAAGUUGAAUGUGUUCAAAGCCACCGCUGAUACAACUUAAAGAGGGUUGUGGAAGGAUGUGCUGUUGGAGGAAGUCUACUUUGAAUCGGUGCAGUGACCGAAUAACUAUCGUGAUAUCCAGCCAAUUCUUUGAAAAUAUGCCAAAAGCAGUCAUGUUUUUAAAUGUGCAUAUGGUGAUAAUGGAGACAAUAUUGUGAUAUGUGAUUUUGAAUGUCCUGUCUUAAUUAUAUGCAUUUAAAGUUUACUCCCUGCUGUGUCCAUGUUGUCACCUGCCAGACAACUGAGUGUUACAACAACUAUAUUAUCUCAUACAGCUUGAUUGGUCAAUCACACUGAAGAUGCACUUAUGGAAUAAAUCAGUGACUAUGCACAUUCACAACGACAUAAGAAAUACAGCCUUUGUGUACAAAUCA